UAAAAAUGAAAGAAACAAAAAGUGAUUCUUUAUCACAUACUACAUUUUAAGAUUAAAGUACAACAGACCUUGUCAUUUAAUAAUAAUUAUCUUAAUUAACUAAAUAGAAACAGCGGCAGAGCCUCAAAGUAAUCAAAAAGGAAAAGAUCAAUAAAUUUAAGAAUUGGAGUUAGGAAGACACUAAAAAAUUUUUUAGAAGUCUUUAAUUAUUUGGAACUGAUUUUUACAUGAUUAAUUAUUUGUUCAAUGACAGAACCAGAACUCAAUUAAAAGUAAUUUAUUAUUAUUAUUUCUCUAGCGUAAAUUUAAGAAGGAGAGAAAUAAUGCUGAACUUUAAGCAUCCUUGAAAAAAUGCCGAAGAACACAAAUAAUGAAAUUAAGGGAUAGGUUGUCUAUUUUAAAGACUGAGCAUCAAGCAAUUAAUAAGGCUGAAACCUUAACUCAAUUCACAAGAAAGAGAUUUGAAUCACUGGCUAGUGUUGACAGUUUAGAUAUCUAACUUGUAGAAGAACUCCGAUAAUUAGAAUGACUUUUGUUAUUAGUUUGUUUAAUUAAAGCUGCUCAAAUAAAGCAAAUCACUAUUAUUUUAACA